UUCUUCCGCAGUGAAAUGGAAGAGCGACUUCAACGUUCCUUAGUGACCUGUCUUCAGGAAACAGACACGGAGCCACCCACGGCGAGAACAAAGAGCGCUGUGUCUGCGGACACAGGUGUUCGUGCAGCCGCAAGUGAACCUGGACGGCUGGGAGACCCGUGCUCCCCUCCCACCCCUAACCCCCCCUGCACGCGGCUCCGUUGCUCUGCUUGGCUUUGUGCGUUAACUGCCGAACUGCGGAACUGCGCAUCUGCCAGAGCCCCUGGUUGGCACCGGAGCGGUGUGCUGCUUCAGAGGAUUUCCUCCUGAAGUCUGUAGAGAGGUCUGAAGGGCAUGUAAUCCGAAUUCCUCCUGCGUGCCCCAGGAUCUCUGAGGCUUGUUCCAGGUUACAGUCUGCCAUCGAGAAAGAUCAGGGCAAGAUCAAGCAGAAACUGGAAGCAGAAACCAUGGAGGAUGAGGCUGGAAAGAUGGCUGACUGGUUAAGAGCACUAAUUGUUCUUUCAGAGGACCCAGGUUCAAGUCCCAGCACCAUAUGAUGGCUCCUCUCCACCUGAAACUCCAGUUCUAGAGGACUGGAUGCCCUUUUCUGCUCCUUGGGAUCCUAUACUCCUGCAGGGCACUUAAACUCACACAAGCACACACACAUUAAAAACAAAAGGCAAACACACAACCGCUACGGAGGGAUGCUGCUUGCUGUUCUUCCUUGCAGGCUCCUGCUUAGCUAGUUUUCCCACAUAUUCUAGGGCCACCAGCCCAGGGAAUGGCGCCACCCACAGUGGGCUGGGCCCUAUAACAUCAAUCAACAAUCAAGACAAUCCCCCACUAGGCUCAGGCCCAUCUGAUCUAAGGACUCCUUCAGAAAAGAGGUUCUCGGGUGACUCUAGGCUGUGUCAUCCUGGGGGUUACAGUCGAGUAGGACAGACGUGGGGGUUCAUUUAAAUUCUUUCCCAUAGAUGGCCUCCAUUAGCCAUCAAAUAUGUAUUUCCCCCCAAACUGAUCCUAUUUCCAGGUGACACACAGCAGAGAUGUAAAAGAUCUGUUUACCUCCUUAUGCCCAGCGCCUUGCCUAUGGCAACUCAGGUAACACUUGUUGAAGGGGCUGGGGAGGUGGCUCAGUGUAGUAUGAGCUGCAUGCUGCUUCCCUGCCUGGCUCCCGGCCACCGGCUAGCUUUACCCGAAAUAAUUACACGGAAACUGUAUUCAUUUAAACACUGCUUUGGCCCAUUAGCUCUAGCUUCUUACUGGCUAGCUCUCAUAUCUCGAUUAACCCAUUUCUAUUCAUGUGUGUAGCAGCACGAGGUGGCGGUUUACUGGGAAAGAUUCUAGCCUACGUCCAUCUCGGAGAAUUCUUUCCAGCAUUCUGUUCUGUCUACUCCACCCACCAAUGUUCUGACUUAUCAGGCCAAGCAGUUUCUUUAUUAAUUAACCAAUGAAAGCAACACAUAGAAAGAAGACCCACCUACAUCAGCUCAGUCAAUGAAGUGUUUGCCACGCAAGCGUGAGGACCCAAUUUCAGAGCCCUAGAACCAAUGUAAAAAGCUGGGGUGGUGGUGGAGAGGAUGCAGAGGCAGGCAGAUCCCUGCAACUCCUGGCCCGUUGGCCUGAGUGGAUGAACUAGGUUCAGUAAGAGACCCCGUCUCACAAAGUGAAAGGAGAGUGAUCAUGCUCUGGCCCUCACAUGCAUGCAUGUUACCAUAUAUGUUCAUGCGCACACAUGCACUCUUCUCCUGAGCACGCAGUGUACCUCAUAGGUGCACAGAAACACGUGUUGGAUGGCUGGCUGGUGACACUGGAGGUUUCCUAUUGCAGGUCUCUUUGGCUAAAGGGAAAAGUCAGAAUUGAGUGGGGGCCACAUAAUGCUAGGUGUUAGCAUUUUCAUCACUGACUAUGGAAUGGGUACUCCUGGGACGUGUGUGAGUCAGGUGCAUUUAGGGACCCAGUGUGCACUUGGCGUGGGAAAUGGUGCAAAUUCAGAAUCUACCUUUAAUUCCCAGAAGCCCUUAGUGUUCAAUUCUGGCUGAGGAAUCUCUACUACUCUAAGAUCCUAAGGCUGAUGGUAAAUCAGAAUAGAUACGGAAGACAUGUAGGUUCUCUGCAGUGGCUCCAGGCUGGGCGCCACCAUGACCUUGCCUUUGGUUCUUGUUUGUGCUGUCCAAACCCUGUGUUCCCAUCCCCCAAGCCCUCCACCAGUACUCCCAGCAUGUUUUCCAGUAUGCAACAUGUGCUUGGCUGAUAUUGGUGUGGAAUUUGGCCUCCGACUUGGAGAAGAGGACAGACAACUAUGUGGUUCGGGGCUUCAAUGGGGCCGUGGACUCCUGCUGAGCCCACACCUUGAGAGAGAGUGAAAAGAGCCAGCCAUCCAAGUCCUGAGGCCAUAGCUCACUGCUGCCUCUGGGAUCCCGUGAGUGGCUAGACACCCACCUCAAUGACAGUAGGUGCCAACGGCUGUUUCUCCACCCUGGGUUGUGAGGACUUCUCCGUCUGUUAACUGGAAAUGAGCUUAGCCAGAGAACUGAGAGUGUAGGUUAAUAUUUAGAAAGGAUUUUCAAGAUAAAGAACCCAGUUAAUCCCAAUCAGGAGGUCUUUUCACUUCUAUUUGUGGAGUAGGUGGAGACUGUGUUCCAAGUUAGGACAAUUCCCAUAAUCCUCCUAAGCCCCCUUUCCAUCGCAGUUACUAACUUUACUUCUACAAAGUCAGGAGAUGCUUCUCACAAUGUCAGUGUCGGUUGCUGGAGGACACACUUGGGGUUCAGACUCUGGUCCAAGAAAUCACCAUAGAAAAUAAGCGCCAAUAGGCAGCAAACAAGCUUUAAGACAAAAUGGAGAGGCUAUUGCGACAGUGACCAAUGAUGUAAAAGAUUAAGGCUAGACAUGAACAGCACUUGGAAUAAGCUCCUUGGGAGGGAUGACAUUCUAACAAUGACAUGAGGGACGUCCCAGGUCACCUUUGCGUUCCAAGAAUUCAUGCUUGGGCUUCAAAGGUCAGGACACACCUCUGACACCAUCUCUAAGUGUCUUGGCCCUUCUGUGCUCUAGACAACUGGUACUAGAGGUCUCUGGGCAAUGUCUGGUGAACAAAAGAGCUUCUCCACCGCUACCCAUAGCAGUGAAUGACAGAAGGGAGUUCAACCCACCAGACUAUCUUUUUCCCCACAUUUAUUUUUUCACCUUGCAUGCUGCAGACAAUUUAGUUUUCUAAAUUGCAAAACCUUUCAAAGACAUCUGGACGGUGGUGGCACACGCCUUUAAUCCCAGCACUCGGGAGGCAGAGGCAGGCGGAUCUCUGUGAGUUCGAGGCCAGCCUGGUCUACAAGAGCUAGUUCCAGGACAUUAACAAAAAGCUACGGAGAAACCCUGUCUCAAAAACCCAAAAAAGAAAAAGGAAAAAAAAAAGACACCUAUGAACACUCCAGUGUUCCUUCACUUUCUAGUCUUUUUCCUAGACUGCAAGAAUGUCCAUGCCCACCAGUCCUGAAAUAGGAUGUUCUUGUAUGCAACCCAAGAGGCCUCAGCAGUGUUUCCUACCCCACUGCAGCUGGUGUCAUCGGGCACAGCAUCCCUGGGAGCCAUCAAAUCCAUCCACUACAUAGACAUUUUGAUAAAACACAAGGCGAGGGUACUGAAGGGUGGAGGGUACCAAGGAGACUAGACCCUUUGAAUGAGGCGAUAAUUGCUGUUUACUAGGAUUAGAAUAUAUUAAAAACAAAUAUUUUUCUUUUCCUUUUCCUUUUUGUUGACAGGGUAUUGCUGUCUGGACUAGGCUGGCCUGGAAUGUCUGGGAUCAGGUGUUCUGCUUCCGUCUCUGGAACUACAGGUUUCUUUAAUCAAAUGGAGUUGUGUUUGGCAGGAAGAAUUCCUUUGUCUUCUCUGACAUGUCAAAGUGACUGGGAGAAAGGGCAGACCCAAGGUGCUGGCCGCAGAGGCGGAAUGGCCUUUCCCAUAGCUGGCUCCCCUGUGGACAUCCUUAUUGCUAGGUCUCCAACUGUGACAGAGGCUUUAUCUUGUGACUCACAUUGGACCUGUAUCCUGGCCCAGUACUGGAGCACACAGCAUGGAAUGGUAGGCUUGGUCUCUAGAGCUGCAUGGAUUAUUUUAAUUGUUUUUCAUUUUUAUAUCUGUCCAUCUGCCUGUCUAUCAACUUACUUACCUAUAAUCUAUUUCUCUACCUACCUACCUAUCACCUAUCAUCUACCAACCUAUGUAUGUGUGUGUAUGUAUGUAUGCAUGUAUCUAUCACUCUCAUCUUAUCGAUCUAUUCAUCUAUCUGUCUAUCUAUCUAUCUAUAAUCUAUUUUUACCUACCUAUCUAUAAUCUGUUUAUUUACCGACUUAUCAUCUGUCUAUCAAUCAAUCAAUCUAUCUAUCUAUCUAUCUAUCUAUAAUCUAUUUUUACCUACCUAUCAUCUGUCUACCUAUCUAUAAUCUGUUUGUUUACUUACCUAUCAUCUGUCUGUCUAUCUAUCUAUCUAUCAUCGGUUUAUUUACCUACUUAUCUAUCAUCUGUCUGCUUGUCUGUCUCUACAUGUAUGUAUAUGUGUGGGAACACACCACAGCAUGUAUGUAGAGGCCAGAGAACAACUUGAAGGAGCCAAUCUCUCCUUCUCCCAUAUGGGUUCUGAGGAUCAAACUCAGGUUCUCAGGCUUCAUGGCACGUGCCUUUACUCGCUGAGACAUUUCAUCCACCAUGGAGGGAUUUCAUUUUUAAAGGAUUAUUCUGACAACAGCAGGCCUCAUCUUCCUUUUGACCUCUCUGAAGCUGUCUUGUGCUUCAGCCCCAUGGCUCUGUAGUUUUGCUCUCCCAGUGUCCCUGUUCCUGCAGGAGGACCUCUGCUGCCGGCUGGAGGAACGAGAGCACAGAGCCGGUCCUGCCCACGGUCCCCGGGCUCUUUGAGCAUCAGCCUGGCCACUGUUUGUCUGGAGACAGUUUGGGUGUGGCUUUUGGAUCUCAGGUGAUACAAAGAAGGGCUCUGGGAUCCACCAGUUGGUUUCUAAAAUGCAGAUGUGAUCACGCCAUGCGCUUGCUUAUAACCUUCCCAGGUCCUUCAUUAUCUUUAUUAUCUUUGUAUUGAAAUCCUGGCGCUUGGUAUUAAACACUUCGCUGCCCACUGCAGCCUCUCGUUCCCAGGGCAUCCUUGCUCUUCUGAGUUCCGGCUGCUCUCACUACAAGGGGCUGCUUCACUGUAGGCCCCAGAGUAAUGGGCCAAGAGAUUAGAACUAAGUCCUAAGUCAAAAUAAUUUUUUCUCUUUUUGUUUUUUGCCAGGCACUUACUAUGUGGACACAGACUGGCUCCUCCUCCUUCUGCCUUAGCGGUGCUGGGAUUGCAGGCUGUUCCACCAAAUGCUCCCUCCCUCUCUCAAACUUGCCCCUGGCAUUUUCUCAUAUUUUAACAUACCGACAUAUGUCAGGCAUGAGCAACACAAUCUUUCAAUUUUCUUUUUUUUUGAGAUGUUAUAUAGCCUUGACUGAUCUGGAAUUCAUUGCCUAGACCGGGCUGUCCUGGGACUCACUGAACUCAGCCUGGAUCUGUCUAGCAAGCCAUGGGAUCAAAGGUGUGCACCACCACGCCCAGCCUCUUUCAGCGCCUUUGUGUCUUCAAGUGUCACGCAAAUGGCAGAAUCACAAAACACACGGAGAUGAUUGUCUGAAACAGGAAUGUGUUGGGAUGGUUUGCUACAGCGUGUUUAUCUGUGCCCUGGACCAAAUGCUUUGUCCUGAUGUGCGAUUCUUCGUGCUAAAUCUGCGACAGGCCCUGGUCUACUGGGAUGCAGGCUCAGGUUCUCUUUCAGUGCGAGCCUGACUUCAAGACCUCUGCUUCUCCUGAGUCUCUGGGUCUGUCUCUCUGUCUCUCUCUGGGUCUGUCCUUCUGUUUCUGGGUCUGUCUCUCUGUCUCUGUCAUUCUCUGUCUCUGUCUGUCUCUCCCCCGAGACAGAAUGAACACACACAGAAUAGUGAGUGGGUAAAAACAACUGUCCUCUGCCUGAGUGUCUCCUCCAUCCAUACUCUAGAGGUGAGGGCCUCCUAGAUCUGUAUCUGGGGUUCCCGUCCACUUGCUGGCUGCUUUCCGGGGCAGACUUUUCUGCCUUGUGGUUCAGGUAUCUGCCUUUAAGCCCCCAGCUCUUAAUUUUUAUUUUAUUUCAUUGAUUUUUUUGGACCUGGAGAGAAGGUUCAGUGGCUGUUCUUCUAGAGGACCCAGGACCAGGUUUGAUCUCCCAACACCCUCAUGGUGGCUCACAACCAUCUGUAACUCCAGUUCCCAGGGAUCCAACACCUUCUUCUGGCCUCACGUAUGUGGUGCACAGAUGCACACGUAGGCAAAAUAUCCAUAUGCAUAAAAAUAAGAUAAAAUAAAUGUGAGGCAAUAAAAAUGUAUUUAUUUACAUGUGUGUGCACGUGUGUGGAGUGGACACACCGCUGCAUAUUUAUUAAAUGUGUGUGCAUGUGUGUACACACCACUGUGUACUUGUGGAGAACAGGGGAUGACUUCCAGGAGUUGGUUCUCUCCUUCCACCCUGUGGGACCUGGGAGAGAACUCAGGUCCUCAGACUUGGGAGCAGUGGCCUUUACCCACUGAGCCACGUGACCUUCUUCAAAGCUCUACGUUUUUCUCUGGCCCCUGAUUUAGUUGUUUGACAAGGAUCUUUUCCCGCUCAAAUGAGGACCCCACAGGGCCAUGGUGGGAUUGCACGACUCUUCUUGGUUGCCUUUUAGGGACUUAAUUCUAGGCCAGACCACACUCAUCAAACAACACUGCUUUCAAAGCUGUAAGAAGUGAGUGUGGAAGGUGCAAAGAGACCAAACCGGUCCAGCUGACCUCCUAGCGGAGCCUUCCUGAGGCAGGGCAUCCUUGGUUUAAACCCAUCUGGGACAGAGAACUCACUGUCUCACAAACGGCCUGUACUCAUUACACUUUUAGAAAGGAUGUUUCCAUGUGAUAUCCGUGUUCUCCCCAUCAGUGGCUGCUGCUAGGACCGCCACCAACCUGCCAGGCUCCGCAAAGAAGUUUGAGCUCCAUCUUACCCAUCUCCUGACAGGCCCGAGGCCCCGUGCCAGCCUCUUCUGGAUCAUGUGUCUCUAUGUCCAAACUCAGGGCUCGCUUCAUCACACUGAGGACAUUGACCUAGUCCAAGGGAUUCUGAAAAUCUGCACACGGACGGUAACUAGUGCUUGGGCUAGCUUAAUGGUAGCGUGCUUGCCUAGUGCAUGUUUUGCCCUGGGACUGAGCCUAGCAUUGAGGAAAGAAAAAAAAAAGUCACAUGUUGGCAAACCUAAUUUUGAAGUGCUGGAAAUGGAACCCAGGGCCCUCUGCUCUUAGUCAAGGACUCUGCCCUUGAGCUACACCUUCACUCUGACAGCCAUAAAAAAAAAAAAAUCAGCUGAAUGCAAAAAAAGAAAAAAAAAAUAGCAUUCCCUCAAAUUCUAAGGCUCCUGGAUUUCGGAGCCCGUGUCCGUGUCAUGAAUGGCUUUCUCUGGUCCUGAACUGGCCUUGCUUUAUGCUCCACGAAGCACAGUGGUCUUCCUUCUCUGAGUUACACUCACUCAGGCGGCAGCUCUGAGAGAGGGGCUGGGCCCUGCCAGACAUGCAACAGCGCCGGGAAUCUGGGGCACGCGGCCUUUUGUGCUGGCCUGGGACCCAGUGUUCUUUGAGGGGUCAUGCUUGCCUGAGGUAUGCUCGCAAGGUGUGGCCUGAAGCAAAACAACGAGAUAAAGCCUCAAAGGUCAGCCCCAUCGUGGCUAUUCUCAGAGCAGACUUUUGCUCCCCUGCCUUUGCACCUGAAAGAGGAAGGGAUGUUCAGCUCUGGGCGACAUCAGCACCAGGAGACACCAGGCUUCACCCAGUGCCUAAUGGACGAGGAUGGACCAAAGAGUAAAGAAGAGCUGGAGUUUCCCAUAAUGCCCCAUCCCUCACUGAGUUUCUCUGGGCAUCAACCCAGGUCCUUUUCAUUUUAAUUAAGGUGGUGAACCAGGCUCUGACUUUCAAAGGAAUCUGAGGAAAUCUUCCUGCCAAGUCCUGAGGGAAUCGCUGUGACACUCAGGAACACGGGCCUGUGUAGGUUGAGGAAUGCUGAGGAGAAUAGAUUAUAGGGAAACAGUCUACCUUUCUUUACAAGGUCCUUGUUUUGCUGCAUCCCUGAAAUCUCAGAUGCAGCCGUUACAAUGAGGGCCUGUUGCAGAAAGAGCUGACCUUUUAUCACCACUUAAAAUCUAAUUAAUCCAUACCGAAGCACAAAGAUUUCUGUUGUACGUUAGGGUGAGGGGUCAUAGAGGCCUCUUUGUUCGUCUUCAGACUUAUACCCGUCAAGCGUUGGGGAUAGAAUUUUACCAAGCAAAUUGGAAAGUAGCAGAUCAAAUCCUUAUCAGAAAGCCUAACUCAUAGUUUUUAACAGAUUCCUCUACCCUUUACAUGAAACACUAUAUUCAAGAGGAACAAAAACGUAUUUCAGAGCGCCCAGGGAGUGAAUGACCAAAGCUUAUAUUCCGGGUGGCAUAGGAUCAAGACCGUCACACCACUGUCAACCGCCGAGGGCAGCAGAUUCUAUAGAGUGGCCGAGCUGCACCAUCUGCCCCAAUGGCUUUCAUCUUCAGAACGGCCAUGCAAUCUGCAGGGCUUUCGCUCUCACUGCUAGGAUGGGUCCUGGCCAUUAUUACAACGUAUCUGCCCCACUGGAAGAACCUCAACCUGGACCUGAACGAGAUGGAAAACUGGACCAUGGGGCUCUGGAAAGCCUGCGUCAUCCAGGAGGAAGUGGGGAGGCAAUGCAAGGACUUUGACUCCUUCCUGGCCUUGCCAGCUGAACUCCAGAUCUCCAGGAUCCUGAUGUCUCUGUCGAAUGGGCUGGGGCUGCUGGGGCUGCUGGGCUCUGGCUGUGGCCUGGACUGCUGGAGGCUCGGAGAGAGCCAGAAGGGUCUGAAGAGGCGGCUGCUCAACUUGGGAGGGCUCCUGCUCUGGACUUCGGGCGUGCUGGUCCUGGUUCCUGUCUCCUGGGUGGCCCACGUGACGGUUCAGGAGUUCUGGGAUGAGACCCUGCCUGAAAUUGUGCCCAGGUGGGAGUUUGGGGAGGCCCUUUUCCUUGGCUGGUUUGCUGGCUUCUGCCUGGUGCUGGGAGGGUGCCUGCUCCACUGUGCAGCCUGCUGGAGCCCGGCUGCCCCCUCCUCGGGCCACUAUGAAGUGGCAGGAUUGCAAGACCACGGUUCGUAUCUGGAAAACGGAACUGCACAGCCUCAAGUGUAAGCCACCAGCGGGGCCUAGUCAUGUCCUUUGUCACCGAUGACAAAACGUCUCUGUUAUGUAACUUAAUUGUUCUGCUCACUUUUUUUUUUUU